AAAAAAUAUGGGGCCCGACAUUGUGUUACAAAUCUAGCUGCAGUUAAGCAUAAAUGGUAGGUAAAAAGGGCAGAAAGAGAGCGACUGCUAAGUUGGGCCGAAUCGGGCCGAUUGCAGAUGGGUGUUGAAGCCCGAAUUAUAAUCUAGGCCCACUACAUCCAUUUUCGACCCAAACUAGGCCCGACGUACACACCCAGCUCUCCUUGGCUAGGGUUUGCUGCAUUACAAUUCAUUUUCACCUUUCGCAGUUCAAUUUCAGACAUUCGCCCAUCUCUCCAUUUGCUGCUCCCAGUUAAGAAUGGAAGACGUACAAAUCGAGACCGACCAGGAAGCAAACUACCCACCCGAAGCCAGCCCUGGCGAAAAGCGUUCGCGCGAAGGCAAAAUGAGAUCCAAAGUCUGGCACCACUUCACCAAAAUCCUCAAAGAAGACGGCAAAUGCGACAAAUGCCAAUGCAACCACUGCCAGAAGCUCUUCACCUGCUCCAGCCGCAGCGGAACCACCCACCUCCUCCGCCACAUCACCGACGGAAUCUGUCCCGUCUUCCGAAAAGACCCCUCCGCCGCCACCCCCAUCUCCGGCAGCCUCCUCCUCCCCUGGAAGCUCGAAAGGCCGGGCCCACCCGAAAUCGAGCCCACGGCAGUUGGGCUUGUGAGGCCCAACCAUCACCACUCGAGAGGGGACUCUGCUUGGGCUGCCGAGUUCAGGGGGUGUGUGGCAAGGCUCGUCGAGCUGGCCAACGGGAAAAUUCCAGCAGGAUUUGUGGGAGGCGGCCCGCCGGCGGCAGGGUCGCCGGACCACUCGAUAUCGGCGGCGUUGAGCUGUCUGAACGAGAUGCAGGAUAUUCCGCAGUCGAGCGAGAUGUAUCUGGACGCGUUUGAGAUUCUGCAGGAUGCCGGAGAAAGGGAGUGCUUCAUAUGCCUGCCGCCGGAGCCGAGGCGGAGGUGGCUGCAGAGGAUGCUGCACCGGCGGCACCCCUUGCGCUAUAGUUCCAACAUGUCAUGAUGAGUCAUCCCCAUUUUUUUUUAUUUUUAUUUUUUGUUUGGUGAAAUUUCUGUUGCUGUUUGUUGGUAAGAGGUGAUUGUGGUUGUUGAUGCAUACAUAGUUUGCAUGGAGCUUCUUGUGAUGAAUAUAUAUAUAUAUAUAUUAUGUAGACCUCUUGUAGCUUGUGGGGAGAGAAGAGUGAUGGUUAAAGAUAGUUGACGUUGGGUGUAGUCAUGAAGUGUUGAGCUGAGGGUUGAGACUGAUCUUGUGAUUUUUUCACCAUCAUUUCUUUUGCCUUUUAAAAGAUGUAAAAUUUAAGAACCAUUUUCUAAGAUGAAAAAUAC